AUGUUUUUCACAGCAACAAAGGAGCCAGUAAAGGAUGCUGCACAGAAUACAUCGCAUACGGUGCCCUUGAACGACCUUCAACCGACGACAUCUUGGGAUUUGAAGCGAGAUAUGAAAUCUCUAUGGGUUUAUAGACCACCAUCUCUGCAGGCACAGGAUCAAGAAAGCGUUUUUCAGCAAGCUGUGUUCAAGGCACCACACCUACUCACGAGACUGGCUAAGCCCUUCAACUUUAGAAUUGACCCUUAUUUUAGCAAGGACCACUUUGAGCCCUUCGAGAGGAGGGGGAAACCGGUUACACUCGUGGCUUUCAGAAGGAACGCCCUGAUGCCACGCAGAACUGUCGAACGAAGUGUGUCAGCCGAAAUUGCCGAAUUACAAUCACCCUACAACGAAAUCGGAAGUCUAUGGCGAGAAGAGCCAGAUGUAUUUAAUGUUUAA